AUGUCGGGUCUGACGUGGCGCUCCUCGUGGUCCUCUGCCGAUGGCUCCGUAGACGUGCAGCUUCUGGACGAUAAUCGCGGCGGCGUAGCGUCUAUCUCCUCGCUGCCAUUGCAAUUGACUCGUCCUGCAUCGGAAAACUCUGUCCCGUGUCAAGUGUCGCUGCAUUGGUCGCCCCAGCCACUACGUUGUCUCCAGCUUCAGCUCGAGGUGCAAUGCUCGGCUCGCCAUGUAGAACUACACGCCGAGGGCACGCGUUGCAAUAUGUUGGGCGAAGAAGAGCAGGGUGAAGUAUAUCUGGGCACAUUCCGAGGCACUAAAGCGUCGUCCGAGACGCAGAGUUUCACCAUGUCACCAAUUUUCAAGCAAACCGAUCGCGACUGCGAUAUUCUCAAAAGUUUACAGACGCUCAAAGUCAAGUUUGUAUCACUCACAGGAGACAAGAGUGCACUGAACUUGGAACAACUUCGAUGUGUAUUUGUACCGAUGGAACCUGUUGCAGCAGUUGAUACAAGUGCUUCGGAUUUGGCGGCUAAGGUAUCGGGGCUCAGUCUGGGAGGAUCAACAGACGUGCAAACAAUCUUGAAGGGUUUCCAGCAGACAUUGGAGCGUGAAAUGGAGACCAAAAUUGCACGCGUGAUCGAUGCCAAGUUGUCGACACUUUCGCAACGUUUGGCAUUCUCAGAGCAGGCGCUUUUCCAAUUGCACAAGAAAAUGGACGCCAAAGAUGCACAUCUACAGGCAAGUCUAGUCGAGAUCCAGCAGAAGUUUUCACAGCUAGAAGAUCAGUUGAGCCAAUUCAACGUCGUCAAAGAUGGAGAGAACGAGAAAGUAUCGAUUGAACUGGAGCAAAAGAAAACUGCAAACUCCGAAGUGCAGACAGAGAGUGAUCAAGCCACGGAAGUGGUAGAGUAA